CAGAGAAGCUGGGGUUCACCAAGACAACCAUCCAGGCAAAUCCAGACUCUGUUUACUUUGUAUAGUAAGCAGGCGUUCUCCUCGCCUUUUGCAUGCAUAGUUAGUUUGUUCAGAGAUCAGUCUCAAGUCUGAAUUUUAGGAAAAUUAUUUCCCUGUAAGAUGGGGUGGGUUUCCAUUGAUCCUGAGGUCUUUGUGGAAUUCUCAUUUUGCAUGAUGAAAUCAGGGGUGGUGGUGAUAUUGGCCAAAAGUUGACUGGUUCACUCACAGAAGGUAAGAUCAAGAUAGUCUACUGAGUUCUCUUGUGGACCUCAAUCUUCCAGGCUAGGUUGUGGAUACAUACAGGUACUUGCUGAGACAUGUUUUUCCUUAAUUCAAUUAGCAGGAAUCAGCUUUUCCACAUGUGUAGUUUGCCUGAUGACUCAUGGCCGAUUUUCUCAUUCUUAGCCUGAUUAUUGAAUGGUGUUGUAAAUGCAUGAAUAUGACCUGACCUUUAAGCAUCCUAUUUAUAUGCCAUGUUUCUCCAGGAUUUGUUCAUCUACCAGAUUAAAGUAGGCUCACUGCCUCCACUAUACUCCAGGACAGUAGACAUCAGCAUCCACAAGCACAGGUAGUUACAAUUAGUUGCAACCAGAAGAAGCUGAUGAAACCUGCAUUAUAUAUUUAUAUUGUCAUCUUCUACGGCUAGCCCACUACUACUUAUUAGCUGCAAGAUCAGAAGCGACAUAGGGAGCAAGCUGAACGAAGAGGCUGCCAUGAGCUACUGGGGCACCUCGCCGUCGUGGGGGGCGGCCCGCCACGGGCCAUCUCCGAUGGUGCCCCUCAUGGUGGUGCUGGCCCUGGGGUGGGUCAUCUACAACGAGACCCUGCUUGAGUGUUAUGAGCGGGUGACUGAGGUGCGGGACACCGUGGCCGACAAUGCCAUGGUCUUCAUCCUCGCCGCCGGGUUCCUGCUGCUCGCAGUCGUCCUCCUCAGCAACCAGAUGGAGGUGGUCCUGGUGCCGGCGGUGCUGGUGCUGGUCAUGCUCCUGAUCCAGAACAUCGUUCUUGCCGCGCUCCUGCUGCUGCUGGCGGUGUACCUGGCUGGGAUAUACUACUACCCGCCUCACCGGGGCUACGGCUACGGGGGCGGCGGCGGCGGCUUCACCGGGGCCGGGGGUGACUGGACGGGCUGGGGCUGCGGGCUGGGGUUCUACAUGCUGCUGCUGCUCUGCCUGGUGCUGUGCGCCAUGUUUUCGGAGGAGGGCGGCAGCUGGUGGAUCCCGGGCGUGCUGCUGGCUGCGUGCCUGCUCUGCCUCAACCUCUUCUCAGGUGGCAAAGUCUUGGGCCAGGAGUACUUUUAACCCUUGUGUUUUUCGGGACAGAGCUUAGUUAUUGUUGUCUCGUGGCAUUACCAGAUGGUGAUGUAGCCGCUCAUGGCUCCCUCCUUAGAUUUGUCUGCUACCAUCAUAAGAAUUUUAGCAGACGCGUGGUGACCGGUGACGCCCUGCUGCAAGGAUGGAUUUGGAAAGUAAAAUGGACCUUUAAUAGCGUCCCAUGCAUCCCAUUUGGUCAUGUUGAGCAUGCCGGGUCGAGCUUCAGAAGAUUAAAACAACGGAAAAGGCCAUCAUGAACACGAAACACAUACACCAAAGAUAAAUGCUGUAAGAUGGGCCACCAAUGGCACCUUCAUAUGUGGAGUUUCAGGCAUACAACUGAACUAGCACUCUUAACAUGAUUCGGCAAGUCUAUCUGCAGGUGAAGUUUGCUCGCGCCCAAGGGUAAUCGAUUUGGGAUGUCGUUGCACUUCGUAAGGUAAAUAACUCUUACCAACUACAUGCAGGAGCCUAGU